AUGAAGGAAGAACGAGUUCCGUCACUACCGUAUCUCUCUCUUGAUGUACAGUGGGAGCAGCCCAAUGCCUUAUGUAUUAUAUAUGAUGUCACCAAUGAACAGUCUUUCAGCAACUGUGCCAAAUGGCUGGAAAGGCUGAGGGCACGGACCCUUGGAAUGCACCUUCCAGGUGUUUUAGUGGGGAAUAAAACAGACUUGAUUGGUCGACGAGCUGUGGAGCAGAAACGGGCAGAGGAGUGGGCUGAGAUCCAGGGCCUGCAAUACUGUGAGACAUCAGUGAAGGAGAUGGAGAACGUCGAAGUUCCUUUCCACAUCCUGGCAAACUCAUUCCAUCAACUAUACAGAGAGAAGGUGGAAACCUUUCACUCACUAGUAUGAGGGCCUUGGUAUAGAAAUUUGCUUAAUACCUGGGGGAUUUCUUUGAGUUCAGAAACACCCGGACGGACAGUAUCCCACAGAGUAGAAGAUGGAGAGAGAGUGAAAGAAGAGAUUUUUCAUUUAUACUUGUGACCAUUUCCUGACAAUUGAGAUUAAACCAGAAAUAAAUAUGUGGAAAGGUGUCCUUUCUGAGGUUGA